AUGGCCGACUAUGAUAGCCCUUUCCAGAUGGAUGAGGAUUUGGGUCUGCCGAAUCGAAGUCUUGAGACUGAUCUAUCCCAUUCGAGAAUCAACGAAUCCUCUCCAUCUGGACCCCCUGUGAAACUUGAAGGGCAAGCUGCUCAAGGACAGCCAAGGACACUUGACACGUUGCCGGCUCAUAAUUCACAAAGAAACGGGACUGAAGCGCUCCGAUCGAGGCUUCAAAGGAUCAAAAUUGAAGAAGGUGUCGGUACCACUACAGAGGAAGACGAGUGGACGUUUGAGGAGGAUGCGGACGACAAGUUCGACAAAGAAGCAGCAGAAAAGGCUAGAGUGGAGUAUAUCAAGGCAGCAGAGUUGAUCUCACAACCCUUGACACCACCGGAGAACUUUGCACCGGUUAUAAACAACAUUUACCGUUCUUCAUUCCCACAGCAGCCAAACUUCUCCUUUCUCAAGACACUCAAGUUGAAAUCGGUGCUUUGUCUUAUACCUGAAGAGUACCCCAAAUCACACGAGGAAUUUUUUGAAGAAGAGGGUAUUCAGCUAUUUCAUCUUGGCAUGGCAGGUAACAAGGAACCGUUCGUGAUUAUCAGCAGUGAACUUAUUACAGAAGCUAUAAAGAUUGUUAUAAAUCCUGCCAACCAACCAAUACUCAUUCAUUGCAACCGUGGAAAACACCGAACAGGAUGUCUUGUUGGCGUAUUACGCCGAUUACAGAAGUGGUCGUUAACGAUCAUUUUUGACGAGUACCGUAAGUUUGCUGCCCCAAAGGAACGUCCAAUGGACCAGCAGUUUAUUGAACUCUAUGACGAGAACAGGAUUUUACAUUACGCACAAGACAAUGGGUUGCUCCCGUUGCAGUGGGAUUAA